UCCAAUUCAUUGCGUCGUCUAAUAUAACACUGCUCGGCCCCGGCGUGUUUUAGCCGUUAGGUUUCCGUCACCCACUCCCGCCUUCCCCUCUCCUCACUCAGAUCAGAUCUGCAUGGUGGGAUCUUCAUCUGACUCUUAGAUUUGUGUCCAUCUCUGUUGUCGUCUGCACAAAUCGUUUCCAUUCGUUGCCGGCAAAACUGAUUCUUCUGACCGGCCGGCGUGGGGAUUUCCGGGUCGGAUCGUUCCGAGUGUGCGACGGGUUGUCUUUUGAUUCCGGCGUUUUUUUGCUUCUUUUGAGGGGGUAGCCGGGGCUCCGGCCUCGGCGGGUUCGAAAAGCCCCCAGCUUUACGAAAUCGGAGAAAAAUACGUUUGUUUUUUCCGUCAAACUGUAAAAACCAGGGAACCCUUUUUUGUUGGUUCCUGAUUCUUUGAUUCUUUUUUUUGUUCUUCAAAAGCGUAAAGAAUUUAACAGGGGAAGAGAUGCCGGCCAUAGCGUGUUGUGUUGAUGCUGCCGCCGUAGCUCCUCCUCCGGGAUAUGCUUUUGCCUGGGACAGAUCUCUUCCGGCACCUGAGACUCUCGUCUCCCCUGACGCACUUCUGCCGCUGCCGAUGAACACAGCAGCCUCAGUCGACCUCCCCCGCUGGACUCCCGCCCUAUCAUCUGCCCUUUACAGGAUUGACGCUUGGGGAGACCCCUAUUUCACGGUGAACUCCUCCGGUGAUAUCUCUGUCAGGCCACACGGCACAGCCACACUGUCCUACCAGGAGAUCGACCUUCUCAAGGUCGUGAAAAAGGCUUCGGAUCCAAAACUAUCUGGCGGGCUUGGAUUGCAGCUCCCACUCGUUGUCCGGUUCCCGGACGUGCUGAAGAACAGGCUUGAAUCUCUGCAAACAGCUUUCAGCUUCGCUGUGGAGUCUCAGGGGUACGAGUCUCACUACCAAGGCGUCUACCCGGUGAAAUGCAACCAGGACAGGUAUGUGGUGGAAGACAUUGUGAAAUUCGGGUCGUCUUUCCGGUUCGGGCUGGAAGCGGGGUCAAAACCAGAGCUCUUGCUGGCCAUGAGCUGCCUCUGCAAGGGAAGCCCAGAUGCUCUGCUGAUCUGCAAUGGAUUCAAAGAUGCAGAGUACAUCUCCCUCGCAUUGGCCGCAAGAAAGCUCCUAUUGAACACCGUGAUUGUCCUGGAACAAGAAGAGGAGCUCGAUCUGGUGACCCAAAUCAGCCGCAGGAUGGGGAUCCGACCCGUUAUUGGAGUCCGGGCCAAGCUGAGGACCAAGCACUCCGGCCAUUUUGGGGCCACUUCCGGCGAGAAGGGGAAAUUCGGGCUGACCACAACCCAAAUUCUGCGGGUCAUCAAGCAGCUUGAAGAAUCCAACAUGCUCGAUUGCCUCCAGCUGCUGCACUUCCACAUCGGAUCUCAGAUCCCGUCCACCGCCCUGCUCGCUGACGGAGUAGGAGAAGCUGCCCAGAUUUACUGUGAACUGACCCGCCUGGGAGCCAACCUAAAAGUCAUAGAUAUCGGCGGCGGCCUGGGAAUAGACUACGACGGCUCAAAAUCAACAGAUUCAGAUCUCUCCGUGGGGUACACACUUCAAGAAUAUGCCGCCGCCGUCGUUCGAGCAGUGGGGGUUGUCUGUGACCGGAAGGGCGUGGCCCACCCUAUCCUCUGCAGCGAGAGCGGGAGAGCAAUUGUUUCCCACCACUCUGUUCUGGUCUUCGAAGCCGUCUCUUCCAGCUCUUGCCACAAGAACUCGCUCCACAGUCUCGGCCUUCAAUCCUUCGUCGAGAAGCUCAAUGAUGACGCCAGGUCAGAUUACCAGAACCUAUCUGCCGCCGCGAUGCGCGGCGAGAAUGACACGUGCCUCAUCUAUGCCGACCAGCUGAAACAGAGGUGCGUCGAGCAGUUCAAAGACGGUUCUCUGGCGAUCGAACAGCUGGCUGCCGUGGACGGGAUAUGUGACCUCGUCACCAAGGCGAUUGGGGCUUUUGACCCGGUAUCUACUUAUCAUGUCAAUCUAUCUGUCUUCACUUCGAUCCCUGAUUUCUGGGCAUUCGGCCAGCUCUUCCCCAUCGUCCCAAUCCACCGCUUGGACGAACGCCCUUCAGCCAGAGGGGUGUUGUCAGACUUAACUUGCGACAGUGACGGGAAGAUUGAUAAGUUUGUUGGCGGCGAGUCGAGCUUGCCCCUCCAUGAACUGGGCGGCGGGGGACGGUACUUUCUUGGCAUGUUCUUGGGCGGCGCUUAUGAGGAGGCCUUGGGAGGAUACCACAACCUGUUCGGCGGUCCGAGCGUGGUUCAGGUGUCGCAGAGCCAGGGGCCCCACGGCUUCUCCGUGACGCAGGCUUCCCCGGGCCCGUCCUCCGCGGACGUGCUCAGGCUGAUGCGUCAUGAGCCGGAGCUCAUGUUCCAGACUCUGAAGCACCGCGCGGAGGAAUUUGUUCAAAAUGAAGGAGGAGGUGCAGAGGAAGACGGCGGGACCGCCACCUUUGCCGGUAGCCUGGCGGCGUCUUUCAACAAUAUGCCUUACCUUAUUGUGGGUUCCUCGUCGUGGGGGUAUCAUUGUGGGAAUGAGGCCGGCAGUGCUUCUGUGGGUGCUUCUUCGGUGGCCUCAGGCGGCGGCGGCGGUGGUGGUGGGGAGGAUGAGCAUUGGUCUUACUGUGUAGCCUGAGUUGGUUGGUUGGUCUUCUUCUUCUUCAAUGGUGGCAUCUCCAGCUUUUCCCCUUUUUCCCCCCUUUACUUUGAAUCUAUUCUAUGUUUUACCAUUAAAUUACAGUACUUGUUGAGAUGUUACCAUUUUACUUUUUUUCCCCUUUGGGGAUAUCAAAAGCUCUCUGUUCGAGCUCUGUGUACUCCCAUCCCCUCCCUUUCUCCAUUGUUAUCCUUUAAUAAAAAAUAAAAGCUCAGUUUACAGUUCACACAU